AUGGUGAGGAUUGAAAGAAUAUUUGAUGUGAUGGAUUGUCUUGAUGAUCGAAAAUUACGACUAGCUACUUUCUUAUUUGAAGGAAGUGCUUAUGAUUGGUGGAGGUCCGUACAGAGUAAAUGUGUUGAUCCUUCUAUGAUCACGUGGGGCGAGUUUAAAGAUGAUUUUAAUGAGCUUUUCUACCCUCGUUCUUACAAGACUGACAAACAGAAUGAAUUUUUGAGACUAGUACAGACUUCAACUGUGGCGGAAAGAUUUGAGUAUGGCCUGAGAGAAGAAAUUAGAUCAGUGGUGACUGCGUCUGGGUAUGAAAAUUUGGGUAAACUUGUAGAAGCAGCAUUAAGGGUUGAGAAAAGUUUGUCUGAACGACAUGGUGGUCAACAACAAAUGAGACCAAAAAUUGGAAGCAGUAGUUAG